AUGGCUUCGAAAAGAAAACGUGUUGUGCUAUCGGACAAACUGAAAAUUAUAGAGCAACUCGAUAAAGGUGUAACGGGUAAGAAGUUGUCUGAGAUUUAUGGUGUUGGACAAGCAACAAUUUCUGACAUUAAAAACAGUAAGUCAACACUUUUAAACUUUGUUUCGGUGCUUGAAAAUGAAGAUGGAAGUUCCUCCAGGAAAACAAUGAAGACAGCAACCAACAAAAAUUUGGAAGAUGCCGUGUUUAAAUGGUUUUUGCAGCAACGUUCUAUGGGAAAUCCGAUUUCAGGUCCAAUCCUUUGUGAAAAAGCCAAAAUCCUAGCAGAAAAGUUUGGUUAUUCAUCUUUUAAGGCUAGUAACGGCUGGCUAAGGAAUUUUAAAUUCAGGCAUGGUGUACGCGAGUUAGAUUUGGCUGGUGAGAAGCUUUCAGCAGACUCUGCAGCUGCUGAAAAUUUUAUUGAAAAAUUUAAAACUGCAUCAGAAUCCUAUGAUCCGGAGUUUGUCUAUAAUGCCGAUGAAACUGGCCUUGUUUGGAAAGCAUUACCAAAAACCACUUUGGCUUCUAAAAGGGAAUCUAGUGCCCCUGGACAUAAGGUCAGUAAAGAACGUGUUACAGUGCUUAACUGUGCCAACUCCACUGGAAAUCUUAAACUGCCUUUUCUUUUGAUAGGAAAAUCAAGAAAUCCAAGAGCAUUUAAAAACGUAAAAAAACGUCCACUCUUUUACAAAAGUCAACCCAAGGCCUGGAUGACUGCAGCUUUGUUUACCGAAUGGUAUGAUGAAGCGUUUAUUCCUGAAGUGAAAAAGCACCAAAAAUCGGUGGGAAAAGAAGGCAGUAAGGUGCUUUUAAUUGUUGAUAACGCACCCACUCAUCCUACAGCAGAACUGUUGGAAAGAGAGAAUGGGCAGUUUAAAACGACGUUUUUGCCUCCCAAUGUUACAAGUUUGCUGCAAUCCAUGGACCAGUCUGUUAUUGAAACAAUGAAGCGCCAUUACAGAAGGCAACUGCUGAGAAAACUGCUGAUCGAAGGUGCUGAAGAUGAAGAAUUGGUUUUGGAAAAUCAUAGCAAAAUAAAUUUAAAGGACUGCUGUUACAUGGUAGCGGAAGCUUGGAGUUUGGUUACGGCAGUGACGCUAAAACGUGCGUGGAAUAAACUGAAAGGCCUACCGUCUGAGAAGAACAAAAAAAAAAGAAUCUGA